AACCCUAAUUGCCUUUGUUGAUUCCAAGAUUAAACCAGACUUGAAGGACUUUCCAAACUGAAAGCAGACAUUUUGGAAUAUUAUCAGACACAAAAGGUUUUUUUUUUUAGAAAGAACUCCCCUCUUCUCGGUAGCCGUGGGAUAAAUUGGCAAGAGAAAAGAAAACAAAGGGGAUUCCACAAUGUCUUGUCACUUUUUAAAGGCUUGAUGUGAGGUUUUAGGCACAAUUUACAAUGUGUUUUGUAUGGGGCGGUAUUAAAUUAAAACUUGGGACUUGCCUUUGAGCAACUUGUAAUCCAUCUGCUCAGAGCCAUGGAAAAUUGCUGAAAUUGUCAACCUGUUCUCAGAAGCUCGUUCCCCGUCUUUGCUGUCUAGCAAAAGCAAACCUUGUCAUUUGUUGUGUCGUUGCUCCGUCUUACACUGUUGCCAAUGUUGCAGGACACGCUACCACAUCCCUGUCAGAGUCUGCAUGUGUUGUCACGGAGCAAGCCUCUCCAGCCAGCCUGAGUCAUUUCUGAUCCACUAGCUUUCAAAUAUACUUAAUAUACAUAUAUAAAUAUAUGCAUAUAUAAGAGGCUUGAGUCAACAUAAACUGACUAAACCCUUUUAACAUGAGCCUCAAAUGGAUACGAGCAUUUAGUGUCACACCUCAUUCAACGGCAGGUUAUAUUUCAUUCAAAAGCUGUAGCUUUUAGGCACAUCCAGACUGAACAUCCCCAGACACCAGCUUUCUUCAGGCCUCUGCCUUUCUCGCUGAUUCCUACUUUGAAGUUCUCUCCUCAUGAAGGCUUUGCUCUGUCAAGUGGGAUUUGCAUAUAUGAUGAGAAUAAUUGCCUGUCUGAAAUUUGAUGCUUCUUUUGGGGGAAAUAGGCACCCUUUCUUCUUUAGUGGGUGGUAAAAAGAAAAGACCAAAAAAAAAAAAAGAGCGUUGCUAAAAAUAUCAUACUAUCACCUUCUUAACCCAACGAUCCUCUCCUUCGGUGUCCCCUUUUUUUAGGUUCUCCCCUAUGGUUUUCCUCUACCUCAGUACUGUCAUCCCAUCCAUUUGGUUUCUGGAGCUGAGCCUAUUACAGUCCAAGUUGCCCCUCAACGCUUCCUCCAGCCAUGAGCUUCAUUUGCUGGCCCACAUCCCCAUCACAGUGGACAUUGAAGAACUUGGACCAGAGAACUGGGUGGCAGGACUGGAGCAGACCAUGCUUAUUGUACUGGUUCUGGGCCGCUGGCUGAUGCCCAAAGGGGACAUGUCACGGGACCAGCUCUCUCAGCUCCUCAUGGUAUAUGUUGGACUGGGUGCUGAUAUCCUAGACAUCUUUGAUACUUUCAAGGAACCUGAAGUCAAAGGCAACCGGGUGGUCGUCAUCGUAGGCCUUGCUCUCUUCUCUUGGGCGCUCAUGCAGUUUCCACUGGUUCUCACCCAGACGCGAAGCCUCUCAGGGUGACGUUCCUAGGAGCUGGAAUAGCCUCCCUUGCUGUCAUCAACCCUCAUCGUCAUUAUCCUUCUUGCUGCUUCAACGAAAUAUGGAGUUUGUUGCUUACUGUGGGGCUCCAAGAUGCACCGUUCCUGGUUUAUCGUCUAUACCUCAUGAUAGAAGAGCAAGUCCAGAACCAGCUGAUGAUUUUCUUCACCUGCAAGAACAUACUUAUUGUCCUUUUGGAGCUUUACAGAAUCUUUCGUGGUGCAGUUUGAACAGCAGGUACAGGAGUCAGUGCUGGAAAGAUGUGAGGCCCUGACAACCUAUUGUCAAACCCUUGGAGGCAGUGAGGUAGAGUUGGGUGAAGAAGGAAGGUGUAAAAUGGGGUGUAGUGAAGAUCAGAGCCAUUGUAUGGACAUAGAACUGGGAAUCGAAAGAGAGGAAGAUCAUAGCGUGUCUACGUAAAGAAAAAGCAGCAAGUGUCGCAAGACAUUACUUUGACCCCUUGGGAGACAGGAAUGGGGCUGCUUUCACUUGUCAAGACGAAAGCUGAAUGUGUCAACCAUCCCUUGCAUCUCAGCCUCAUUCGAAGACAGUCUCAGCUCUCAGGAGGUUCGGGAACAAGAUAUAGAACACAAAAGAAGAGUCUGUCCCCACAAAGGCAGAUCAGACAGGAUUUCUUGCUGCUCUCUUUGAUAAAACCAAAGAAAACUCUCAUACAAAAAAAAAGAUCAUGUCAACACUCUGACCCAAGAGAUGUUAGUUUCUCAUUCACAUAAAGCAGUUAGUAAUGACGACGGACAACAACACAGCAGUCCUCUGUUUUGCAUUCAACUUGUUUUAGCUGCAUUGGAAACAGAAAGAUUUGAUUAAGGUCUGUGUGAGCAUUCAUGAUGGCCUUCACUAUCAUAACAAAAAAAUCAGUAUGAGAGAUGAAACAUUUUCAAUUGUGUUUUUAAUUGUUAAUAAACAUUUUCUAAUAAAGGCAUUUUAAAAA